UGCGUAAUGAAUGUGCGUCAUGAUUUUGUUUUUCGUUCCUUCACAGUAAGUUCAUUUCUCCCGAUCAGAGCAGCCGACACAGUUCCACCCUUUGAGCUCGCAGAACAUUCAGACCUUCAGAAUUAUUCUGAGCGAUAACAUCUGGAAUAAUUUGUGGUCACUGCACAUGAUGCUGGACUUACGGAUCUUACUCCCCGCUUUCCUGUUUGUCUUCGGUCUGACGGCAGUUUUCGCCCAGACUUCGCCCAAAUCUGGCUCAGAGUGUGAGAGAGUGAAUGCGACAAGCUGUGAGGAGUGUCUAAAAAAUGUGACGUGCUUGUGGUGCAUCCCAACCAAGUCAUGUGUAACAUAUCCAUCCAAGACUAUCCUUCCACCACAUUCACUUUGCCCACUGAAUGAUGCACGCUGGGGGCUCUGCUGGAUGAACUUCCAGACGUUGAUAAUCACCCUGGCAGUGGUUGGUGGAGUCAUUAUCAUUGCACUUCUGGUCUGUCUCUUCUGCUGCUGCAAGUGUGAGAGCAUUGGAUCCAGAAGGUUUGAUGCCAGGAUGCAGAGACAAAACAACAAGACGAAAACCAAGCAAGAUGAAAGGAAGGCAGAAAUGAAGCAGAGACAUGAAGAAAUCAGGAAGAAAUAUGGUCUAAGUGGGCAAAAUCCAUACUCCAGAUUUGCAUGAGAGGACCAGUGAACUCAGGUUUUACCCCAUGAACCUCCUGUUUCUUCCUGAACUACAACAUCGGAUAUAUCAACAGAUUGUCUUGUAAUUGUAAAAGUAAACAUGACCUGAGAAUCAUUGUAAAUUAUAAUUAAGAAAACUUGAAACAAAGUAACAGGCUUCAUCUGUCUCAUGAACAGGGAUGUUGUGUGUAUCCAAGAGGCUAGAACCAAAGGCUAGAAUAGUAGCAGUGUUCCUCAAGGUAUUUUAUAGUAGUCACAUGGCUCAUAGAGCAUUAGUACUCAUACUGUUUACAAAACUGAGUUAAAUUGUAUAGUAAGUAAAGAAUCCGGUUUGAUUGCUAAACUGUUCUUUCAUUUUGCUUAAAGGUAGGGUUGGCGAUUCUUUUCAGAAACAUUUGUUGUUACAUAUCUUGAAAUUUUCAUCCCGAUGGCAAUGAAUGCAUCGACAACAUAAAGAAAAGAAUCCAUCAUCUGUGGUAGCAGAUUAGCUGCCUGUGAACCCAGCUUCCUACUUGCGCGUAACCUGCCCUUGCCCUCACUGCAUGAGCCAUUGCAGUUGCAAGCAGAUGUGUUACCACUCUGUUUUGCAGCUAAAGCUACUGAGCUAUGGCAGAGAAGGCACCCACUGCAGCUUUCGUUCGCAAACAGAGACCAUUGUUACAGGCCAGGCCUUCCCCUUUAAGACAUAUAGCCUUGUAAGUAAUGUUGUUGUUGUCGGCUGCCUGCAACAUUUGUCUGCUUUCAAAAUCAAGCUUUCUCUUGCUGGUUUUUCCAUUAUUGCCAACCUUACUUUUAAGAAAACCCGUAGCAUCUGCAAUUAUCCUGAUUUCACUAGUUUCUAUUUCUCUGAGUUGCAGCAGCAUUAGAGAUGUACUUAGAAAUUAGAAUCGAUUUUUGUACUUUAUGUGACUUUUCUCAUUUGCUCUUUCAAAAUGUCUCAUCUUAUUCUGAAUUAGAUCGGUUGGAAACCAUCUUUGUGUUAUUGCUGCAUGCUCCUCUGAUAAGAAUGAUUCAUAUUAUAUUCAUACUAUGAAGUCAGAAUGAAAUCUUCACCUUUGCAUUCUGCAUUAAUAAAGAAGUUGAUCCUAAAGUUGGACUGUCAGCCUAAUUGUACCAUUUC